UAAUUAUAAUUCGUGAGGCUUUUCGCUGUGCCUGAGUGGCGUUUGUCUAGCAUCUUUGAACGGGCGGUCAAGAGAAUAUUGCCGCUCAACUACAUUGUCGCUCAAUCGUAAUCUGACAUCUAUCCCUGCAUAGCCUCACUGUUGCCUACACUAAACCUCAGGCAUCCGCACCACCUGACCAACAUCAAGACGACUUCAAUGUAUUUAAGUCGCAUGAUUUCGUGUCUAUUUCGUGUUCUCGCACAACGCGACUUGAAUCAAUUCAUUCUUUUCUCAAAGUUGAUUAAUCAAUUGCCAGUUCACGGCUAAACCAUCAUCAUGUCUUUGUCACAAUCGGCAAUCCAAGAUACGAGCUCGACGGGCAGAUAUUCCAAACGCAAGAGGGUCCAAGUGAAUUACUAUGUGGAUGGUUCCGAUAUCGAAGACAACGAAAAAGAGGAUGAGGAAGAUCUCGUGGCAUACAAGCCGUCAAAGAAGCGCAGAGUCGCUCGGCCAUUGCCAAAGCAUAAAAUCUUCCCCUUCCUUGAGCUCCCCGCGGAAAUCAGAAAUAUGAUCUACGAAUAUGCACUCGUCGAUCCUAAAGGCGUGCACUUAUACCCCAACACCCAAAGUUAUCGCCGCUCUGUUGUUCGAGCUGCUCCCAGCUUUAUCGACCGAUACUGGGGAGGAUCUCAAACGAGAUUUACCUUGAACAGUCAAACUUCUGAAACUCUUCCCCUACGUCCUUUGAGGCUUGUACCAUCUCUCCUCGCAGCCAACUCACAGAUCUACCACGAAGCCAAAAGUAUCCUAUACGGCAACCACUUCCAACUGUACGACCCUCUCGCUUUGCAUUCGUUUAUGGUCGACAUCGGACCGCGUGCAGCAGCUAUGGUGAAAAAUAUCACGCUGGCAUCGUGGGGCUGGCGCCGCGGCAUGCACAAAGCAUACAACCACGCAUGCUUUACUGCCAUGACGAGUGCAGUCAACAUUGAGAAGUUCACAUUCGGUGGACUACUGUAUUGCCACAACGACCCAAAAUGGGUUGCCCGUCAAAUCUACCGCGACGCAUUUCCAUUCCUCGAAGCCGUUGGUGCCGCGAAGGGCAAAGUCGAUGCAGCUAUAGAUAUAUUUGACAUAUCCGAGCAGAACUUUGAUACACGCCACCGUUGGCGAAGGACGCCACAGGUAACUCGCCCUUAUGAAGAGAGCAUAUCGAUAUUCAAGACCGAAUUGAGCAGGCUUCUGGGUAUGCGCAUGGACAAGGUUCGUAGCAAGCCAGUAAAGAGAAGGAAAGCAGAGGAUUAUGAGCUAUAAGACUGUUAAUCGAUGACUUUGUCAGAGAGUCUGGGGGAGCUGCCACAUGAGGGCGAUUACUCGAUGCAGAUGAUUUUAUGAUGGCAUGAUUAUAUGAGUUAUUAUUCUUCCGGGGUGGGCUGUGUAGGAUUUUUUGUUGUACUCUUGGGCAGGUUUCAGACGGGUUUCUAUUAUGUCAAAUGUACCAGUACGGCAUUCUCUGUUGCCGGGCGUAUCGGUAAUUGAACUUUGAAGAAUUCCAACAACAUGCAUGUAUUUUGUUCAUUUUACUAGCUGUGUCUCAGCGUGAGGGGGAGUGUGACGUUUAGCUGCAGCAUACGCAGGCUGUAGUACUCGUAGCAUGUGAAGGAUUCGGCUCAAUUGAGAGUUGUAUUAUCUUCAGCCGGUGAGAACUACU